CUCUCUCUCUCUCUUUUUUUUUUUCCUUUUCUUUUAGUAUCUUUUGUCAUGUUAUGUCAUAGAAUAGGCCAAGUAAUAGAAGCUUAUUCUUAUGAAUUUCGACCUGGUCAUGAAACAGAUUUUGCUGACUCUUUGGGUGGUUCUUGGUACGUCUCGCCAAAAGCACAUGGCAUUGAACUCUUGACAAUGGCUCCUUUUUAUCUUGCCAUGACAGUAUAUUUUGGCCAUAAAGCAGUCAUUAAAAAUAAGCAGAAUUAUGUCUUGUUGACACAGCGUAGACACAGACCUCAACAAUCCUGGCUUGAGUUUAUGGCAUUGGUCUUAUUGACCUUGUCGAUAUCUGUCACAGUGGUUCAUAAAUAUGCCUCUCAUACUGAAUUCUUUUUAUUGCAGCCUUGUCAUAUGAGUGCAUUUAUGCUCGUCAUAAUUAUGGCCUGGCCAAACAAGUCCAGUCUGUUAAUACCAGCAUUACUAUUUAAUAUAUAUUUGCAUACGCUAUGGGGAGCUGUAUUAGCCCUUGUCUUUCCAGACUUACGAGACCAUGAAAUGUUGGGUGAAGUAUUCAAUUUCUUUUUAGAGCAUGGUUUGAUUCUUGUCUUGCCCUUUUACUUGUUGACUACAAAACGACAUGUUGUAUUGCCCUUUAGUAUAGACAUGGCUCUGUUCAGUUUCUUUCUUUAUGCAGCCUAUCAUUCACCUUUUCUUCAGAUCAUAUCGCUUCUAUCAGGGUACAAUCUCAAUUAUGCAUUGGUCACUCCUGCACUUGGAUUUUUGAUAGCUAUAGGGAAUUGGUAUCGUCUUGUCAUGUUUGGAGCAGCGUUCAUCUUGAUGUUUCUAACUCGGUAUAUCGUCGAGUUGUUUCUUUUAUUUCAAAAGAAGCAAAAGAAGCAAUAAACUCCUAUCUUUUUUUUUUUUUUUUUUUUUU